AUGAACCAAAGUCCAACAAUUCAUGUUCCAACAAAAAGGACAGACGAAGUUGAUUGGGCAAGUCCUCUAAAAAGAUAUAUUCAAACAACAUAUCAAGAGGAUCCAGAAAAAUAUGCAGACGAGGCUAAUUCAAUUCACCGUCUAAGACAAGAUAUGAGAGGUGCUGGUAAGGAUCUAACUGGAAGAGAUUUAUUAUAUCGAUAUUAUGGCCAGUUAGAGUUACUUGAUUUAAGAUUUCCUGUUGAUGAAAAUCAUAUUAGAGUUUCUUUCACGUGGUACGAUGCUUUUACUCAUAAAUCUACUUCUCAGUUUUCACUUGCAUAUGAAAAAGCAAGCACAAUUUUCAAUAUUGCUUCUGUCUUAUCUGCAAUUGCUGCUUCACAAAAUCGAUCCGAAUCUGAAGGUUUAAAACGCGCUUUCAAUUUUUUCCAAGCUUCAGCUGGAAUGUAUACUUAUAUAAAUGAUAACUUUUUGCACGCUCCUUCAACUGAUUUAAGUCGUGAUACUGUAAAAUUACUUUCACAACUAAUGCUUUCACAGGCUCAAGAAUGUUUCUUAGAGCAAAGUUUAGUGAAAAAUAAACCUGCUUUGAUAGCUAAAUUAGCCGCUCAGGCUGGUUGGUCUUACGGAAAUACUGUUGAAAAUAUGGGUGAUCUUGUUAGUCGUAGCGUAUUUGACAGGAGUUGGCUGACGAUUUGUCAGAUAAAACAAAAAUAUCUUUCAUCUAUUGCACAAUAUCAAAAAUCUUUGGCUUGUGAAGGGGAGAGUAAAUAUGGGGAAUGUGUUGGUCGUCUCAACAUUGCGGAGACAUUGGCUAAAGAAGCAAAUAAACUUUCCAACAGUUUUGUAUCAUCCUUUUCACCAACUACAACUCAAACUCUCCCUCCAGAUGCUGCAACUUCAUUACAAGAACUUACAAAGUCAAAUCUUGCAUUGAUUACGGAGAAAAAAACUUCUGCUACAAAGGAUAAUGAUAUUGUGUACCAUGAAAUUGUACCUCAAGAAAGUGUAAUUCCGCCUAUAGAUAAGUUGAAUGCAGUUAAACAAAUGCCAAUACAAGAAUUAUAUGGAAAUAAUGAAAUUCAAAAAGUUAUUGGACAAGAUAUUUUCCAUCGACUUAUUCCAUUAUCAGUUCAUGAAUCCGCAUCAUUAUAUUCAGAAGAAAAGGCUAAAAUAGUUCGUAGUGAAACUGAAAGAUGUGAUAUUUCUAAUAGCGAAUUAGAAGCUGCUUUAGAAUAUAUGAAAUUACCAAAAAUUCUUGGAAAAUUUAAGACUAGUAAUAAUGAUGAAUCUAGAUAUUUGAAUGAAUUGGCAUCACCCAGUCUUGAAGUUAAACAGUGGGCUCAAAUGAUAAAAACAGAAGAAGAACAUAGUGGUACAAUUUUAGAGUUACAAACAAAUUUAAAUGGUUUAAAAAAUAGUGCGAAGGAAAGUUUAGAUGAAAUUUUUAAAACAUUAGAAAAUGAUCAUCGAGACUACGACACUAUGAAGACAAAAUAUGGUGAUUUAUGGACACAGGCUUCACCUAUUGCUUCUUUUCGACAAGACUUUCUUACUCAUAGUAGUACACUUGAAAAAGCCGCAAAUUCUGAUCAACAUCUGCUUCAAAGAUAUAAUCAAUAUUUGAAUGAUAUUGUGAUUUUACAAAAAGGCGAAAAUAGUGAUGAUUUAGAACAAAUAUUUGCAGAAGCAUUAUCACUUUCUUUAAGUAAUGAUACAUUUGUAGGAGGUAGGAGAGUGAGUAACGCGGAAAGUUUGUUAGAUGUAGAUACAUCGAAACCUGAAGAAGAUAUUAAUACUAAAUUACAUAAAGUCGAAGAAUGUUUAAGUAAUUUAAAUAAAAUUAAAAAAGAACGAAUGGAUACAUUAAAUGAUUUAAAAGAUAAGACACAUCAAGAUGAUAUAUCCCAUCUUUUAAUCCUCAAUAAGAAGUCACAAAAUAUUGAACCACAACUUUUUGCAACUGAGCUUGAAAAAUUCUCUCCAUAUCGUAAUCGUAUUACCGCUAGUAUACAUCAUCAACAAGUUUUAUUACAAGAUUUGACAACUAAUUAUAAAAGCUUAAUGGAAAAUGAUGAUGCAAAAAAAUUACAAACAAAAUGGGAUUAUGCUGAACAAGGAAAAAGAGUUGUUUGUGAUCGGUUGAGAAAAGCAAAAGAUGGUUACCUUGAGGUUAAAGAUGGCUUGAGGAAGGGAAUUCAAUUUUAUGCUGAUUUGAAUGAUCUUAUUGAAAAUCUUUCCAAGAAUUUACAUCAAACUACAAUAGCUCGUCAAAAAGAAAGUAGUGAAUUAUUACAGUCUAUUCAAAAUCAAGAACAGCAAAGAGUUAAAGAUCAAAUAAAUAAACUAAUAUUACCAAAUACGCCAUCUUCUAAUCAAGCAAUAAAUAGCUAUGAUUCUAUAGCUCAACUGACAGAAGGAACAAAUAAAUUGACAAUCAAUCCUGCUAUCAAUUACCUCAAUAACACAUCCCAAACUUAUGUACCGAGUAUAUCACCUAUCAGAAAAGACUCGUACCCUACUGCUUCAGCACCUUAUGUUCCUACAGCUCCUCCAAAACCAUCUGCACCACCUGCUUUAGUAGGUCUGGGUUCUUCUAAUAAUUAUUCAACCGGUUCUUCUCAAAGGUCAAUAUAUAUGGCAGACCCUUCCUCUCCAAAAUCACAAGGCCCACCUAUACCUCCUAUACCUUCUGAAUAUCAGUCGCAGCAGAAUAAUAUGUAUAAUUCACAUCAACCGGCAUCAAUCUCUCAAUUACAGCAGCUCCCACAACAAUCACCAUCAAUUUUACAUACUCACGGUCAGUAUACAAGACCACCGCAACUACCGCCUCAACAACUAUCGCAGCCACAACAACAAUUACAACCACAACAACAGUUACAACAACCACCACAGUUACAGCAACCACCACCACAACAGUUGCAACAACCACCACAGUUACAGCAACCACCACCACAACAGUUACAACAACCCCCACAGUUACAGCAACCACCACCACAACAGUUACAACAACCCCCACCACAACAGUUACCACCACAACAACCACCGCAACAACAGCCAUAUCAACAACCACCGCAACAACUGCCAUAUCAACAACCACCGCAACAACUGCCAUAUCAACAACCACAGCUAUAUCAACAACCACAUCAACAACAGCUACAUCAACAACCACAGCAACAACAUCUACAUCAACAACCACCGCCGCAACUACAUCAUCAUCUACCACCGCAACAGCUAACACCACAACAGCUACAUCAGCUACCACAACAACAACCACAACAACCACAAUCACAAGCUUCUCAAUUUCAAACUUAUCAACAACAUGGUCAACAAUCUUCUCAACAAUCAAGACCGUCAAGCACAUAUGCUAUACAAACACCACCUCAAACACCUCCACAACCAGUGCAGCCUUCUUACUCAUCAACGAACUUCCAAUACUCUCAACAAUCAUCACAACCGACGACAAAUUUGACAUCGUUGCCUUUAACUCCACAGUCACAACAAGUGCAUACUCAAUUUCGCCAACCAUCAUUUGAUAAUUAUGCUAAUCAGACAAAUCAAUACUAUCCUAGUCAGCCAUCAUCAGGAAACCAAUAUCUUCCACAUCAGUUAUCACAAGCCCAAACUCAAGGAUUCAAUAAUCAUCCUCAAGCUCAACAAGCAAAUUAUCAUCCUCAUACUUCAGCAACACAACAAAAUACUUACCAACAACAUCCACAAGGGAAUUUUCAACCUGCAACAAGUUAUCCUGCUUAUUCUUAUAAUCAACAAACUCAACAGCAAAGUAAAUCAUUGUUAGAUGAUUAA